AUGGAACUCAUAAAUAGGGCCCGCCUUCAAUUUGGAGGCGAGCUCUCUGCUGACCGAGCCCACGAGCUUCGGGCUGAAAAAGCCGAUCGUUUAGCCCAGAAGCUCCAGGCCAAAGAAGCCCGGAUAGCCCACCAGGCUAUCAACCGGGCCCGCAAACAGCUCCGUAGAGCUGGAAUUGAGGCCCGGAAGCAGGAACGCCUCCGGAGAAAGAGGGUGGCAUUCUACACUAAUGCCAGCCUCCCAAUUCCUCUAGAGUGGGAGGAUCUAAUUCCUGACCCGGAAGCCUCUGAAAGUGAGGGCGAGGAGGAGUAUGAGAUUGCGGGCGAGUGUGGGAGCGAGCGUGGGAGUCAAAGUGAUAAUUCAAUAGAGUAGGCAGAUUAUAUACCUUUACAUACAAAUUACUAUGGGCUAGUACUUAGUCUCGAAAUCGUGAGUUGGCGCAACUUGCUUCCUCUCGUGUGAAGUGGCGCAUGUUGCUUACUCGAGUUUGGUCACGACGAUUAAGUCUUCCAAGCGCCGGAAUCUGUUGAGUAAUCAAAUGUAUGUAUUCCUGCCUAUGUAACCUAUACUGUGAUUUACUGAUAAUCUGUACGGAGGAGGGCUAAAUAUACCACAGGUAAGAGAUUGACCUGUGGAUUUGUGUGUGUGUGUGUGCCUCCCCCGUGGAGCACUGGGCGGCAUGGGCCAGCCAGCGAGUUCUAGAUGCCGGAGAGUGAUGUACUCCGUACAGAGGUGUUGUUCAAAAGUUUUGUUGGUGGAUCCGGCCAGGGCCCCCUGCGUAGGCUGGCUUGGCAAUUCUGGCCGAAGUACCGAUUCUCAUACGACGCGAUGACUCGAGAAUGAGAGUGAUGAAUUCUGUAGAAUAAAGAGUAUAAUAGCUACCUAA